AUGGCUACUACAUUUACUGAGAGCUCGAUUGAAGAGCUAUAUAAAAGUUUAAGAGAAAUAACUAACGAUCAAAAUGAUGAAAUCGAGUUAUUCCAAGAUCGUAUCACCACGUUACCUGACACGAUUGGAAAAGCUAGUAGGGAGGAACAGAUUAAAAAUUCCGAUUCUAUGAUUAAAGCUAAGUUCUUAACUCCUUCCAACAAAUUGUCGUGGGGAUUAUUAGAUCUGGUACAAAAUGUUCCUGAUUUAAAUUUCUUGGGUAACGAUGAUCAUGAUAGUGAUAAUGCAAGACCUGGUUACGAUUACAAAGGAUUCUUAAAUGUUCCCGAUCCUAUAAUAAGAACAUCCUACUAUUUUAAAAGAACAGGUAUUAAUGGUAAGAUUACCAGCGCUAAGGAGGAAGUCUCAUUGAAGGAAAUAGCUAAUUCGAACGCUUCAAAUUCAUUGUCUAUCACCAGAAGUUUCAAUCAUCAUGGUAAUACUAUCAGAGGUUCUACUUCUCAAUUGCCGUUUACUCCAGGUGGGAUUGCAAUGGAAUCUAUGAAUAUCUCUGCAUUGAAUGAUGUUUCCUCGAUGGCCACAGCUACUAAAUUGUUACAUAAGGAUGAGAAUGGGUUGUUCGAUAUUCCUGCUGGUUUCGAGAGAGGUAUAAUUCCACAAAGUGGUUUGAAAACGGCUGUUGAUUCAGAACAAGAUAUGGAUGAUUUGAGGAAUUUAAAUGAAAUUGAUAAUGAAUUAGAUGUUCAAAAGGAAAUCGAAAACGAAAGACUAAAAGAGGAGGAACAAAUUCAAGAUAACUCCUCUACUUUAAUAUUAAAUGAUACUGCUGCCCGUGUAUCAACUACUGAUGAUGAGAAAGACUUAAUGAUGGAGAUAGAUGAAUUAUUACCUGUCGGUAUCAACUUCGGAAGAUCAGCUCGCGCUAAUAAAGAUAUUUAUAAAAAGAAAGAAUGGGCACAUGUUGUUGAUUUGAAUCAUAGGAUUUAUAAUUUCAGUGAGUUAGUUCCAAAUCCUGCUAGAACAUGGCCAUUUGAAUUAGAUACUUUCCAAAAGCAAGCUGUUUAUCAUUUAGAACAAGGUGAUUCUGUGUUUGUUGCUGCACAUACCUCUGCCGGGAAAACAGUUGUUGCAGAGUAUGCCAUCGCUAUGUCUAAAAGAAAUAUGACGAAGACAAUUUAUACCUCCCCGAUUAAAGCAUUAUCAAAUCAAAAAUUUAGAGAUUUUAAAGAAACUUUUGAAGACGUUGAUAUUGGGCUAAUUACAGGUGAUGUUCAAAUCAACCCUGAAGCCAAUUGUUUAAUCAUGACAACCGAAAUUUUAAGAUCAAUGUUAUAUCGUGGUGCAGAUUUAAUUAGAGACGUCGAGUUCGUCAUUUUCGAUGAAGUUCAUUACGUUAAUGAUCAAGAUCGUGGUGUCGUUUGGGAAGAAGUUAUUAUUAUGCUUCCACAACAUGUUAAAUUCAUCCUUUUAUCUGCUACUGUACCAAAUACUUAUGAAUUUGCUAAUUGGAUUGGUAGAACUAAACAGAAAAAUAUAUAUGUCAUUUCAACACCGAAGAGACCUGUUCCCUUGGAAAUUAAUAUCUGGGCAUCGAAACAAUUAAUACCUGUUAUAUCCCCACAAAGAGAGUUCUUAGACUCUAAUUUCAAGAAACAUAAGGAAUUACUUUCAGGAUCUACAAGUUCAAUGAAAGCUGCAGAUAAUCCUAAGAAACAAGCAGCUAAUUCCAAAAGAUCUGGACAAAACGGUGGUGGUCGCGGUGGAAGUACUAAUAGUAGAGGCGGUGGUCAACGCGGUGGGAAUCGCGGUGGGAAUCGCGGUGGGUUACGUGGGUCCCGUGGGGCCGGUGCAGUUGGUUCAAAUAAACGUCAAUUCUUCCAAAAAAGUGCUCCAAAUAAGAAAACAUGGCCUGAUUUAGUGAAUUUCUUGAAAGCCAAAGAUUUGCUUCCAAUGGUUGUGUUCGUAUUUAGUAAGAAACGUUGUGAAGAAUAUGCUGAUUGGUUGGAAGGUAUUAAUUUCUGUAAUGCUAAGGAAAAAUCACAGGUUCAUAUGUUUAUUGAAAAUUCCAUCACUCGUUUAAAGAAGGAAGAUCGUGAGUUGCCUCAAAUCAUGAAAAUAAGAAAUCUGUUAGAAAGAGGGAUUGCAGUCCAUCAUGGUGGUCUGUUGCCAAUUGUCAAAGAAUUGAUUGAAAUUUUAUUCUCUAAAGGGUUUAUUAAAGUAUUAUUUGCUACAGAAACAUUUGCCAUGGGAUUGAAUUUACCGACAAGAACAGUUGUAUUUAGUGAAAUCCGUAAACAUGACGGAACAGGCCUAAGGGAUUUAACUCCUGGUGAAUUCACCCAAAUGGCUGGAAGAGCUGGUCGUAGAGGUUUAGAUAAAACAGGUACCGUUAUAGUAAUGUCGUACACAGAACCAUUACAACCGGCAUCAUUUAAAGAAGUGACAUUAGGUAUUCCAACAAAGUUAGAGUCACAAUUCAGAUUAACUUAUAAUAUGAUCUUGAACCUUCUAAGAAUUGAGGCAUUAAAAGUGGAAGAAAUGAUUAAAUAUUCCUUUAGUGAAAACACAAAACAAACCUUGAAACCAGAACAUGAAAAGAAGAUCAAAGAAUUGCAAGAAAAACUGACGACGAUCAAAGAAAUACCUUGUGAAAAAUGUGAUCAAGAUAUAGAUAAACUUUUGGAAGCUUCCGUUAAAUAUAGAGAAUGUACGUCCAAAAUGAUGAGUGAACUAUCCAAAACAGACGCAAUUUUCCGCGUUUUAAGAGUGGGGAGGUUAAUUUUAUUCAGAGACGCAAACGAUAAUUUGAAAUUAGGUUUCAUUUUCAGAAACAAUGUCAAGGAUUCUUCGUCAGUGGUAAUGACAAUUUCCAAUCCAAACACUCUGUCUAAUGGUAAACCAAAUCAUUUGCCUUAUUUAUCUGAUGAGUCAAAAUUUACAACGACAAAUUUCAAGAAAUUUGAAGGUAUUACUUACUUUAUGGAGAACGUGGAUUUUUCAUCGAUUGAAUUAAUUUCACUAUAUACCCUAAGAGCGCAUUUUACUGAUAUAAUGAAAAAUGAACCAGAGGCAGUUGAGAAAUUUAACGAAGAGGUUCAAUUGGUUUUAAGAGUAUCUAGAAAGUUAAAGGACACUGUAUCUGAAAAGAGAGGUAGCUUAAAGGCCCAUCAAAAUGCUCUCGAAAGACAGAAUAUUAAGGAAGAAAUUAUGAAAUUAAAAUCUAUCACCUGUCCUAAAUUAGCAGAACAUUUUGUGCCCAAAUUUGAACAGUAUAAAGUCAAUGAAGAAAUUAAGGAUUUAUUCCAUUUAAUGUCUGAUCAAAAUUUGAACUUAUUACCAGAUUACGAACAUAAGUUAGAUGUCUUGAAAUCCGCUGGUUUUAUCGACCAAAAUAAAAACGUUUUGCUGAAGGGUCGUGUAGCAUGUGAGAUCAAUUCUGGAUAUGAAUUGGUUUUAACAGAAUUAAUUCUAGAUAACUUUUUAGGUGACUUUGAACCAGAGGAAAUCGUUGCCCUAUUAUCAGUAUUCGUCUAUGAAGGACGUACCAGAGAAGAAGAAUCACCAGUAGUGACACCGAGACUAGCGAAGGGUAAGAAAAGGAUUCAAGAAAUUUAUGCUGAAAUGUUGUCUGUUUAUGAAAAACAUCAAAUUCCAUUAACACAAGAAGAAGCUGAAUUCUUAGAUAAGAAGAGAUUCGCAUUGAUGAAUGUCGUUUAUGAAUGGGCACGUGGGUUAUCUUUCAAAGAGAUUAUGGAUAUCAGUCCUGAAGCUGAAGGUACAGUUGUCCGUGUCAUUACCAGAUUAGAUGAAAUUUGUCGUGAAGUGAAAACGGCCUCCAUUAUCAUCGGUAAUUCCACUUUGCAUAUGAAGAUGGGUAGAGCCCAGGAAUUGAUUAAGAGGGACAUUGUCUUCGCAGCAAGUUUGUAUUUAUAA